AUGAUGGUAGUACUAGUCAAACCGGAGACGGAGACGAAGACGAAGGCGAGAAGACCUGAGGUCAGAGCGACCAAGCCUGAGACCAAGACGGCGAGACCUGAGAUCAAGACGAAGAGCUCUGACACAAAGACGACGAAACUCGAGACGAAGACGACGAAGGUCAUGACGAAGACGACAAGAUUCCAGACCACCACGAAAUCCGACACCAAGGCGAAGGAGUCCGAAGUCAGAUUCAAGGGACCGGAGACGAAACGCAAGAAGCCUGCUAUCAUGGCAAAAAGGCCCGAGUCGAUUCUGAAGAAUCCGAGGGCGAGGAUCAAGCAGCCUACGGACAGAAGGGCUAAACCGGCGACAAAGGACAACCCUGAGACGACGAUAAUAAUCAAGGUUGAGACGAAGACCAAUGCUAAGACCCAGCCGAGGGUCUAG